AUGGCUGAUACUAUCGUCCACGGUGAUGAUUCGGCCUCGGACACGCUCACCAAUGGCGAUGUUGCCCAAGUUCCGGUACUUUUGACCCUUAUACACGAUAUCAUUGCCUGUGGCCACCGAGGCUUAGUCAGCAUCAUAAUCACGGUCUACGGUAUCGUCCGGAGCGCAUUUAUGGCCGCCUUCGCAUUAUUCCGAGAUGUGUUCAGUGGUGAUCAGACGGCCUUCGAGUUCGAAACGCAAGACGGUGUACCCGUGUUAGAGCUUCCAGAUAACCACGACGAUGCCGGCCAUCUCAGCAUGAUGGUCACACACGGAUGGUAUCUCCAGGAGCUAAAGACGCCGUUCAGUGAACCCGGGCGCGGUCUGUGGCGGAUACCACCUGCUUACUACGAGCUACUUGCUCUCACGAGGACGCACCAAUUCCUGCCCGGGCACAUGGCCCAGAUAUUCGAUGCGUUCCACGAAUUAUGGCCCACCGAUCUAGGUUCGUACUUAACUAAAGAGACAGUUCAGCAGCAGAGGGUGGACGAGUCUGCACCACCAGCGCUAACCGCCGGACUACACCCGGCGUCCGAAUGGGAUCAAACCAAACUGUGGGCAGAUCCUGUCGAGGCUUUCGCCGUCGCCCUUGAACACGAAGGAUUACACGACAUACUUGCCGUGCUCGCGUACGUCAUGGUGCGCUCUCCUACGGAGGAUACUCCCUUAUUCAAGGGCGGGUUCCGUCGGAUAAAUCUGGAUCUUCUCGACGAGGAAUAUAGAUCCAACAUCCAGGCCGGCGCCGACAUCCUGCGGUUGGAAUGCAUCAGGAAGAUGAGCUGGGUAACGUUCACAAGGAUCACCCUUCGGGCUGAAAGGUGUGAAAACACACCGGGUGCCAAAUCCGUCGGCGACCUCCAAUGCUACAAUGGCAUCGAGAAAUUCUGGGAAAAACAUGUUGACCCGUUGUUCGCAUCUGCGAAACAACCGAUCGACUUGUCUAAGUUCCCCUCGACUAAGACGAUCUACCGCAACUUACCUGAAGUUUGUGAUCGGUGCGUAUCGGCAGUGGAGACUCACAUCCACAACACGCAAUUCGUGCUGUGGACACAGUUCCCGCUCUACUUUGGUCUGACUAAGUAUACCUCCCCGGAAUGGGGAUUCGACACAAAGGCCGCCCGCGUGCGUCUCGAAGCGCUGCCUCAGCAGUGGAAAGACGAAGUGCGGACAAUGUCCGCUAUCGCACGCGAGCCGGAUGCGGGGCUUCGAGCCAGUAAGUGGCAAGAGCUAUACGAAGAAAAACGAGUAGGACCUUGCCCUUGA